ACACAACACGCCCGGUUGGUGUGUUUGAACAGCUUAAGCAAAGGAAGCUUGAACCUAGAGAGAAUGGGGGUUUUGUAGCUUUGGAUUCGUGUGCGCCUAAUAGUAUGCAAUACGCGGUUAUUAUCGUGCUUGUUAAGCAUACUUUCGCAAUCCCUCGGUUUUAGCUGGAUUUUGUGUGUGUGUGUGUGUUAUGGCACAAAAUAGUAACAUUGUGGUUUACUGGAUUCAAUGAAGAAAAAAGAAGCAAAACCCAGCUCUACCCUCUACAAAGCUGACACUUCCGACCGGAAUUCGUACGGGUCCGGAUGUAGUAGCGGGAAGCUCGCACACACCUUAAGCAAAUUACUAUCCUCGAGGCAGUGAGCAAAAGGAAGCCAAGCAAAAAAAAAAAAAAAAAAAAAACAGCUGCCCCACAGUUUUGAACAAAAAGGACACGAGAAACUGCUUCAGGCAGCCGUUUUCCUCCUGCCAGUUUGGGGCCGCGACCGGGACGGGGUGAAAACAGCGUGGUGGCUCUCGCGUAAGCUGUGUGGCGCAUGCGAGAACGAGCGCACGGGCGUGUGUUCUUCGCUGUGCGGAUGCUGAGGAUGGUUGGGCUUGUGCGACUGGCCCGUCCCGUCGAUGGCGAUGGAGCCAUCUGUUUCGGAUAACGGAUGGUUCGCUCUCCGGGAUGGUUGGCUCUCGCCGACGCCAGUGCAUCUCGCUCUAGCGGGCCAUGCGAACGGAACGGUGCCAGCCGAAAGCCGCCAGCAAAAUGGGGGAGAACAGAACAGGAUCUCAGCCGCCCGCCCUGCCCUGUUCGCACCAUUGCUCCCCGGGUACGGAGUCGCUGAAAAGUUCUCUGCCUUUCUUUUCGCCCUUUUUGCUACAUGCAUAGUCUGCUCCCGCUCAGGCCCGCUCGCGAAGCUCGCAUCCAGCAGCAUCCAAAGCUCCCGAGCGAUCCUUGUCAUUCCUGUGCCCUGCUGUAUCGUUGUGUAUUGUGCGCUGUGGGAAGAUUUUUGUUGUGGUUGCUGCUGCUGCUGCUGCUGCUGCUGCUGCUGCUACUGCUUGGUCCGUUUCGCUUGCAGGCUCAGCUUCCUCCCAUUCAGCGGUGAAGCGCGAGGUACCAAGAACUCAAGCUCAGAUACUGUUUCGCGUUAUCGCACGAGUGAUGUGCAGUCGCACGGCGGAUGCUGAUCACGCACCGAGGGGAACGAACCAAACAACAACAACAGCAAAAAUGCUGCUCUGUGCUCUGUGGCCCAGUGUUCAUUAGUGCGUGCAGCGUAAGUGGCCGUGCCGUCCCACUAGCUUGCAGCCGUUCCAGCGAGCCCGCCAGACCGCCGUUCCUGCCAAAUAGGUGGCCACAACCACAACAACAACGACAACUACAAAAAGAACAACGCUAGCCCAUUGCCCGCCUGCCGUUCGAGUGGUCAGCCAGCCAAGCCCAGCCCAACAUCCGCAUCCCAGCACAGCACCGGAUGUGCCUCUGCCGAAGCGUCCCUGCCCGCCCGCUCUACGCUGACAAGUGAAUUUCCUUGCGAAUAACCAAACCGGAUGACUGCUCCACGAUUCUAGAGAUCUACUGCCAGCCAGCGAUGCACUAACGCGUAAGUCCCACUCCCUGUCGAACGACGACCAGGCAGGUGUGUUUGUGUGUGUGUGUGUGUGUUCGCGCCGAGCGUGUCUGUAUGUGUGGGUGUGUGAGGGUGUUUGUGUGGCUGUAUUUGUUUAGUGGAUAGGCAACGAUCGGACGGGGUUGGACGCCUCAGAGCUUUGGAAUUUCAGCAACCGAAACAAAAACGAAAAACAAAAAAUCAAAAACCUAUCAUACGGACACUACUGGCCAAAGCUAGCAGGGCAGAACGGUAGCACCACGCGUCAAUCAACCAUUCAAACAUGUGGCAAAUUCUGAUACUUUGCUUCCUCAACUCAGUACAACUCAACAAUGCGUUGCGAAGCGUGCACCAGAGAUCGAUGGCGGCUGGCCGUCUGGAGAAUGUAACACAGACAAUAUCGCGUAUACUGGAGGGUUAUGACAUUCGACUAAGACCAAACUUUGGUGGGGAACCAUUACACGUGGGGAUGGACCUCACGAUAGCGAGCUUUGAUGCAAUCUCGGAAGUGAAUAUGGAUUACACUAUCACUAUGUACCUAAACCAGUACUGGAAGGACGAGCGGCUGGCAUUUAACGCGUUCGCCCUGUGGGGAGACAAUCAGAAGGAUCAAACCGGCGAGAUCAUGAUAGAGGACGACGGGGCGAACGAUGUGAUUACGCUGUCGGGCGACUUUGCGGAAAAGAUCUGGGUACCGGACACGUUCUUCGCCAACGACAAGAACAGCUUCCUGCACGACGUGACCGAGCGGAACAAGCUGGUCCGGCUGGCGGGUGACGGUGCGGUCACGUACGGCAUGCGCUUCACCACGACGCUCGCCUGCAUGAUGGACCUGCACUACUAUCCGCUCGACUCGCAGAACUGCACGGUGGAGAUCGAAAGCUAUGGCUAUACCGUGUCGGACGUGGUGAUGUACUGGCGAUCGACCCCGAUCCGUGGGGUGGAGGAAGCAGAGCUGCCACAGUUCACCAUCAUCGGCUACGAGACGAACGAUCGGAAGGAAAAGCUAGCCACCGGCAUUUACCAGCGACUGUCCCUGUCCUUCAAGCUGCAGCGCAACAUCGGCUACUUCGUGUUCCAAACCUAUCUGCCCAGCAUACUGAUCGUGAUGCUGUCCUGGGUGUCGUUCUGGAUCAACCACGAGGCGACGUCGGCCCGCGUGGCGCUCGGCAUCACGACCGUGCUGACGAUGACAACCAUCAGCACGGGCGUGCGCAGCUCGCUGCCCCGCAUCUCCUACGUCAAGGCGAUCGACAUCUAUCUGGUAAUGUGCUUCGUGUUCGUGUUUGCCGCACUGCUGGAGUACGCCGCCGUCAACUACACGUACUGGGGGGCGCGCGCCAAGAAGAAGAGCAAAAAGAACAAGGAAGCCGAGCGAAAGGUGUUUGGUAAAACGGAAAAGACCUCGACCUGCUCGGCAGACGACAUCAUCGAACUGCAGGACAUCCGCAUGAGUCCGAUCGCGUCGCUGCGCAACCGCCACUACUCGAACACGAUCACCACGACCGACAGUGUCGACUCGGCCAAGUUCCCACCGAGCUUCCGCAUCGCCCGUUCGUAUGGGUCGAGCAACCGCAGCGGCCUCCGGUACCGCAGCUCGAGAGGCCAGGGCCGCCCGAAGAUGCUGCACGCGAUCAAGCGGGGCGCCUCGGUCAUCAAGGCGUCCAUACCGAAGAUCAAGGACGUGAACGUGAUCGACAAGUACUCGCGGGUCAUCUUUCCCGUGAGCUUCGCUGCCUUUAACGCCGGCUACUGGAUAUUCUACGUGCUCGAGUGACCCACAGUCAACUAAGAGCGCAGCCGGCACUUACUAGCAGCAGUAGUGAACCAUACGCUCUGUAGACCAUUCCGCGUACGAAAUUCCCCCUUUCCCCCUCCCAAUAAUUCACCUUCCUCCCAUGAGAAUCGGGCCGAUUUAUGCACGCCCCGUGCAGGCGAUCAAACGACCGGAACCGGCGAAGCGAGCGACUGCGCCGAGUGGCAAACGACAACAAAUGUAUCGCACUCGUGCAGGAGAGGAUGGAUAGAGCAGACGGAUCAGGUCCUCCCUUUUUUGUGUUUUAAAGCCCUCCCUUGCCCCUCCUGCUCCAGCUCAUCCUACUCUGCAUCUGGCUCUUGCCCGUUUCGGCUCAAACUCUUAUCUAUUCGAUGUGCAGGGAUCAGCGUAUGCGACAGCAAAACUAAACCAAACGACUUAUAUCAUUGAUGACGACAUGGAUGGAGAAAGCGUAGCAGAUGAGUUUCGCGCUUGAUUGGCAGCGGGCGAUGAGCAACCACACGUGGGUAUAAACAAGCAAAAGUGGAAAUAAAAACCAACAAACCCAACAAAAACAACAGCAAAACGGUAUAGGCAAAAUUAGGGCUUGACGAAUUUGUAAAAAUAACCACAGAUAAUCAAAGAUGCAGUCAUAUUAUUUUUCCGAAACACACCAACACACAGAAGUAAAGAUAAUUACACUACAAAGAAAAAACAAUUAAAAAGGC